UCGUGUGGUUGAGUGGGAAGCCGUGGUCGGGUCGCGGUAUCCGAACGUCGCGCUUAGUUUCACAUUGCCAUUGCCCACCUCAGUGCGUUUGGCCGUCCUCGAUACCGAUGCUACUGCUGUUUUCAUGUUCUCCCGCGUGCGGCGUUUCGUUUUUUUUUUUUUCAGUCUGCGUGUGUAGCUGUUACGCGUGACUUCGGUUUCUAAUCGUCGCUCCACUUCGCUGUAUUCGUUCGGUCGGUCGACUGCGUUGACACAUCAUCGCGGUUACGACCACGAACAACUCACCAGUUUUUCGUAUUGUACAAUAAUCGUGUUCGACUGGCGUUUUUCGACUGGAGUGUUAAUGACGUGAUACUUAUUUAUUUUGUUGCUACAUUUAACCGCGGGUUUUCAAUCGAUUUCGUUGAUUUAUAUUGAUUUGUCGUCAUCUUCGAUCGAGGACUUACAGAAGAUACGUUACACGUUAUCUCGUCGCGUUUAUGUUUACGUACCAGACGUUUUUUUAUCGUAUCCGGUCUGUUGUCAUUAUCAGCACGACACUACGUCCGGUUUGACCACACAGACGUAUGAUGAGAAUGAGCGACAUGACCGUGUGCCCGGUGGGCGGUCGACAAUCGUUCUUCGACUCAUUCACAGUCACUAAAGCCAUCGAGCAGUUCGAAAAACUUUUGUCUGGCAAACAAACUGAUAACGAAUGGAAGAACUCACAAUGUGAUUCUGUAACGAAUUCGAAGAAAAGCCACAAAAAAGAAAACUCGCUAUUAAAAUUUUUGGCAUUGAAUGCUCUGGAGUUAAGCGCACCCGCCAGCGAUGUUCUUUUACGGAAAACUUACACAACUACUGGAAAAAUAGAUUCCGAAGAUCGAGUUAAAUCUCAAGAAAGUAUAUCUGUUCAAUCGGGAACGUGUAAAACCACCGCCAGUAUUCAACAACAAUCAUGGUUUCAGUUAUCUGGACACCCAGACUGUUUUGCUCCAGCUGGUCUGGGAACUAUUUGGAAAAAGUGUAGUGGUGGUACAGAGCGUGAUGUAUAUGAGGCAUUAUCCAACGAGCCUAGUCUUCAAGACAUUGUGCCUAAGUAUUAUAGGGAAGUCGAAUAUAAUGGGCAGACCUUUAUUGAACUACAAGAUUUAUUAUAUGGCUUCAGAGAUCCUAAUGUUAUGGAUAUAAAAAUGGGCACUCGCACAUUUUUAGAAUCAGAGGUUAAAAACACUUCUGCACGACAUGAUCUAUAUCUGAAGAUGGUUGCUGUAGAUUCUGAAGCUCCAAAUGCUGAAGAACACAAGUUACAAGCAGUCACAAAACUACGCUACAUGCAAUUCAGAGAAGAACAAAGCUCAACAUGUAGCCAUGGUUUUAGAAUAGAAGCCAUGAAGUUUCGAGGUUCUCCUCCUGUUACUGAUUUGAAGACUGUGAAGAGUGAUGAAGAAGUUAAUAACACUCUGGCUUUGUUCCUGGGUGACCGCCAUGACAUCAAACAAAGGUUGGUUGCCAGACUGAAUGAGAUACGGUCGAAAUUGGAUCGUUCUCAUUAUUUUAAAACUCAUGAGAUUGUGGGUAGCAGUAUUUUAAUUAUAUAUGAUGAUACCAAAGUUGGUGCUUGGCUGAUUGACUUUGCCAAAACUAGACCUGUACCUGAAAAUAUGGUACUUACUCACAGACAACCAUGGGUGCCUGGCAACCACGAAGAAGGUUUCUUAUUUGGUCUUGAUCAUCUCAUAGAGUCGACUGAGAAUUUACAUACUCCUAUCUCAAAAGACUCAGUGGCACCAUCAAGCUCUAUUAAAGUGGAAAAUUGAAAAGUUAUGUUAACUUUCUUAAAAAAAUUUUCUAGUCAAUAAUAUAAUUGCCAACUCCAUAUCAAAAGACACAUGGAUUACCCUUGUUGCCUUGUAUCUGUGUUUACAUUUUUACACGAUGACUAUUUUUUUUCCUGUUUAUAUAAAAGUAAUUUUAAGUUUUAAUAUAGAUUUUUUCUUUUUAUAUAUAUUUAUAUUUAAAUAUUAUUACAGUCAGUGGUGACUGACGACUGAUUUUUAUCCAAGCAUUUAUAAUCAGAAAACUCAUAAUACAAGUAUGAGAAUAAAAUAAACUUAAGCUCUUGAUUUACUAAUUUUAUUAAUUGUCCAGUAUUAACAUU